CCUUGCGAUACGCUUUUCUCCUGGUGUGUGCCUGCUUUAUUUAUCAAGCUGAUGGACGCAGAACAUACGGUGACAUGUUCCCCCACAAGCAUGUAAUAACAGGGAAGUCACCAUUUCCGAUACCACCAAUCCCUGGCUGGGAUCCAGACACCAACCCGUGGGAUGACUACCUCUACCCUCCAUUAAACCCAAAGCCAAAAGGACUCAUGCACCACAAAGGCAAACCCAAGGUUCAUCUGACCAGCGACAGUCCGGCUCUCAAUGGCUCUUCCAUCUCCUUCACGGCGAAGCUGGAGUACCCUCCAUGCCAGAAGGAAGAUGCCAAUGGGGACAUCGUUUGGGAUGAGCACUGCGAGGACGCCAAUGGACAAGUGCGUUCCGGCCACGUGUACAACUGGACUUCCUGGAUGGACGACUAUGGCUUUGGAAAGUGUACGGACGUAAAUAAAUGCAAUGUGUUCCCCGAUGGGAAGCCCUUCCCUCAGAGCAACGACUGGAGCCGCAAGAGCUACGUUUACGUUUGGCACGCAAUGGGCCAGUACUUCGAGACAUGCGACGGUUCCUCCUCCAGUUUGACCAUCAACACCACUAAGAUCCCUCUGGGUGCAGAGGUCAUGGAGGUCAUGGUGUACAGGAAACGUGAGCGCAGGAAGUAUAGCCCCCUCACCACUGACCACACCGUCUUCUACGUCACAGAUAAGAUCCCAGUUGCAGUUACCAUCUCCCAGAAGGCUGCGGUCAACCAGUCUGAGAAUGUUUUCUUCCGUGGUGAGGACGUGGUCUUCAAAGUCCAGCUCCAUGACCCCAGCGGCUACCUCAAAACCGCAGCCGCCAUCGACUACAUCUGGGACUUCAGAGACGGCAACCAGCUGGUGACACACCGCGAAGUGACCACACAUGCCUACAGCACGCUGGGGCGCAUGAGCGUGAAGCUGGUGGUGGAGGCAGCGUUCCCUGUAGAGUGUCCGCCCACCUCUGCCACCCCGACUCAGAGGAGCUCUACGUCAUCACCUACCACAGAGGCUCCCACACCUCCACCUCCUGGUACUCAUGCUGCGACUGUCAAGAUGGAGACAACCCAGGGAAUGCCCACCACAGAGCCGCUCUCCCCUACUGCUGCCAAUACGACCCCAGAGUCCAACACCACCACCCUGGCCUGGCUCCGCACCAGGAACCUCAACAGCAACGGGUGCUACCGCUUCGCCUAUGGGACCUUCAUGGGCAACAUCACCAUUAUUGAGCCUAAGCAAGCACUGACCAGCCAGUCAAACAGUCGCAUUGUGGAUGUGUCGGCUGCAAGAGUGACCAACACUGACAUCAGCUUCCUGGUGAAAUGUCUUGGCAACAUCCCUACUUCAGCCUGCACCAUUGUGUCGGACUCCACCUGUACUCAGGUUCGCAGCAUUAUGUGUGACGACGUGCCACCAUCGUCAGAGUGUGAAGUGCAUCUCAGGAGAACUUUUCCGGAGCCUGGCACCUACUGCGUCAACAUCACCCUGGAGGACUCCAGGAGCCUGACCCUGACCAGCACCACCGUCACCAUCAACAAGUCCCAGGAUACACCUGUGUCCAAGACUUCACACAUUGCAGAGGUGGUGCUCUCUUCGACCGCUGUGCUCGUGGCUGCCUUUGCAUUCGUUGCCUAUCUGGUCUGCAAGCGUUACAAGGUGUACCGUCCCAUUCGUAGGUCACUGCUGGAGGACGCCAGCGGCCAUGCUGGUGUCGGAGGACGCAUGGUCCGUUUGAGGGAGGCACUCUUCCCCUCCGGUGAGGAGAGCCAUCACCUGCUGACUGAGAGACGCCCUGUGUAGGCUCCAGAAAGCUGCAAAGCUUUUCUGAUCUCCUUAUUCUACAUAGUCAUUGGAUGAGGCAGUUGAUAGAAGAUGAAUAAGGUUCAAGUCAUGGUUAUUUUCUGAUCAAAAUAAUUGCUUUAUUGCAAAUUUUGUGCCAAGUGCUGCUUUACAGUUCAGUUUAUACCAUUUAUAGUGAUACUAAUCAACAGUUUAGUAUGAAAUAUGAGAGAUAAAUUCUCCAAUAUAAGAUGUAUACUAGUGAGAUUGCUUGCUCUUCCUCAGUUGAAUAAAUUGAUAUUAGAAUGUUUAACUUUAAAUUUAAAAAGAUACAAAAACAAAUUAAACAAAUUCAAUGGAAUAAUGACCUGAUUACUAAUAAAGGUUGUGAACUAACAACUCAUCUUUUGAACACUCAUUUCUCUCCAUGUCUUGUCAUAGGAAUUCUCUAAACAACCUUGCUUUAGU